AUGGCUGAGCACGGGGCUCACAUCACAGCUGCUUCUGUGGUGGAUGACCAGCCAUCCAUCUUUGAGGUGGUAGCACAGGACAGUUUAAUGACAGCAGUGAGACCUGCUCUUCAGCAUGUGGUCAAGGUUCUUGCAGAAUCAAAUCCUGCCCACUAUGGCUUCUUUUGGAGGUGGUUUGAUGAAAUCUUUACGCUGCUGGAUCUUCUGCUCCAGCAGCAUUAUCUGUCUAAAACCAGUGCCUCAUUUUCCGAAAACUUUUACGGCUUAAAGCGGAUUGUAACGGGGGACACACACAAGCUUCAGAGACUGGCCAGUGCUGGUCUCCCAAAGAAGCAGCUUUGGAAGUCAAUUAUGUUCCUGGUGCUACUUCCCUAUCUGAAGGUGAAGCUGGAGAAGCUGGUUUCUAGCCUUAGAGAAGAGGAUGAAUAUUCUAUCCAUCCCCCUUCUUCCCGCUGGAAACAAUUCUAUCGAGCCUUCCUGGCAGCCUACCCGUUUGUUAACAUGGCCUGGGAAGGCUGGUUUCUUGUACAACAGCUUCGAUACAUCCUAGGAAAAGCUCAGCAUCACUCACCACUGCUUAGUCUGGCUGGAGUUCGGCUAGGCCGACUUACAGUUCAGGAUAUCCAAGCUCUGGAGCACAAAGCAGCUGAAGCCAGCAUGAUGCAGCAACCAGCCAGGAGCAUUAGUGAGAAGAUCACGUCAGCUCUGAAAAAAGCCGUGGGGGGUGUCGCCUUAUCCCUCUCUUCUGGCCUGUCUGUCGGUGUCUUCUUCCUGCAAUUCCUUGAGUGGUGGUACUCAUCUGAAAAUCAAGAAACCAUCAAAUCACUGACGGCCCUGCCUACCCCACCUCCGCCUCUACACCUAGACUACAAUUCCGAUUCUCCCCUGCUACCCAAAGUGAAGACCGUGUGCCCACUGUGCCGCAAAACCCGGGUGAAUGACACUGUUCUUGCCACCUCUGGCUACGUGUUUUGCUACCGCUGCGUGUUUAGUUAUGUGAGGACUCACCAGGCUUGUCCCAUCACAGGUUAUCCAACGGAAGUGCAACACCUGAUUAAACUCUACUCCCCUGACAACUGA